AUGUCAUCAUUUGCACCAGAUGAUGUACUUUUGGAUAUUGAAAAAUUGGAAACUAUGUUAACAAAUAGUAGCAGUAGUAGGAGCAGCAGCAUUAGUUCUUGUUGUGAUUCGUCAUUAUUUAAUUGUCAAUCAACUUCACCAAAUUCUCGUUCAUUAACAACAACGGCACGUUUUACAGGAUCAUCAAAAAUUUAUUUAAGAAAUUUAAAUAAAUUAUUAGCAGAUAUUGAACAAAAACAAAAGAUUCUUGCCAUUGGUGGAGGAUCAGUUCUUAAACGUUUACGUCCAUUAAAUUCUCCAUCGUCAUCAUCAUCAUCACGUUCUUUAACAUUUACAUCAUUAUUUUCUCGUCCGUCAAUUAAAUGUAUAUCAAAUAAUCGACUUGAACCAAAGACAAUUUCGUUCGCUCAAUUGAUAACACAAAAUUCUUCAGUUCCUCUUACAUAUUCAAAUCAUCAAUCACAAUAUGGUUGUGCAAGAUUAAAUGAAAAAAUGUGGGUUGUUCACUGUCGAGAACAAUUAAUUAAAGCUGUUAAUGAUGAAACUAAAGAAACCUUAAAAGAAGAAGGUGAUCUUGAUUGGAAUCAUAUAUCAGGUUAUCGUCUUGAAAACAAAUGGUCAGCCAAUGUAUGUAAAAAUGCAUGGAAACAACUUUGUAAUCCAACUAUCAAUCAAUCAAAAUGGAGUGUUAAAGAAGAACGUCGUUUAAUAUCAAUUGUUGAACGCGAACCAUUGGAUGCAAAUCGUUGGAUAUCAAUUGCUAAAGAAUUAGGAACGGAUCGAAGUGCGUAUCUCUGUGCAAAACGUUAUAUGCAGAUAACUAAUGAAAAAUAUUCGAAACGUCCAUUAGAAUUAAAUGAACGUAAUCAAAUUAUAUCGACAAUUAAAGAUGAUAAUCAAGGUCAUUAUACAAAAUAUAAUAAAUUAGCAUAUGAACUUGGUGAUCGUACACGAGAAUUUAUAUAUAAUCAAUGGGUACAUAUUGAUCCAUCAUGUAAACGUGGUCGUUGGUCGGAUGAUGAACAUGCUCAAUUAUUAAAACGUAUUAAUCAACAAACACAUACAAUAACAAAUUGGCCAUUAGUUUCAGCACCUGUUCAAACCCGUUCAUCUCGACAAUGUCGUGAACGUGCUUUAGAUACAUUAAAAAAUGGAAAUCGUACAACAAAAGAAAAACAUCGGCUAUUUACAGCUGAUGAAGAUCGUCAUUUACUUGAACAAUAUGCUAUACAUGGUGCUAAAUGGUCAUUAAUAGCAAAAGAAUUUUCUUCUCGUACUGAUAAUUCUCUACUUGUUCGUUAUCGUAUGUUAUUAAAAGCUCAAAAACAAUGGAAUUGGUUUUGUCAAAUAAAUAAUCGAAUGAAAUCGUUUCUUUUAUUUCUCUAUGAUAAACAAAGUAAUAAUAAUAAAACAAAUUCUAUUGAUAUUCUAUCAAUAUAUGAAAAUGAUAUUCGUCAAGAUAUAGAACAGUUUGGAUUUUAUCGACGUGGUUUACCAUUUCCAUUAACGGAUGAAGAAUAUCAAUGGUUUAAUGAUAAGCCAGAUUUAAUCGAGAAUAUUGCACGAAUUGUACUUGAUGAAUUUUCUCAAAAACGUCUAUGUUUUAGAAAAUUUAAGGCGGAAAUCAGAUCUUGGUUUACAUCAUCAUCAUCACCAUUAGUAACAACUAUUUCCGAUGAUAAUAUUCGUCAAAUGCUUUAUAGAACAAUUCCUAAUCGAAAACGAAAAUCUGUUAAUAUAUCUUCAACAUCAGAUAAAAAAUCAAAAAUUGAUCAUAAUAAUGAUAAUGAUAUUGAUUGUAAACAAGAACCAAGAGUUCCUCCACUUCCAUCCAUACUUUCAACAACAUCACGACAUAUUCUACGACCAGUAGCUAAUCAAUUUUUUACUUCACAGUCAACAACAAAAUUAUCGGUGACAAGUAGUGGUACACAUUUUUGUCCUUAUCUUAUUCUAAUUCGAGAAAAUUCAACAUAA